AUGACUCGUCCUCAUAGAUCUAGAACAUCAAGAACAUUGAAUUCCAGUUCUCAGGAGGAGCCGGACGCUGAGUAUAGAGAUGAAAAUGGUAUCAUUCACACCACAACUCGUAGUUUGCGGAAAGUAAACUACGCUGAAGUUGAGAACAAUUACGAUUUUAUGGAUGACGACGAAGAAGAAGAUAAGGACAGCGACGUGAGAAUGGCAGGAAAACGCCACCACAGUAAAGUGGAGACUGACUUUGAGGAAGGAUUUGAUCAUGAUAUUAAAGGGGAAGAUCAUCCAAAAGAAGAGGCCGCAGAAAAUGCCGAUCUGACUACAGCUCCGCUGGAAGAGUAUCCUGCUAUAGACCUCCCCAUUCACAAUAAGUCCAAGAAUAGCAGUAACGGUGAUGAAGAUGAAAGUUUUCACGACGAAGAUGAUGCUGAGGCGCCAGAGGAUGAUGAAGACGAUGGUUCUGCCGAAGAAUAUUAUUCAGAGGAAUCGAUCAAGAGAAACCGUCGAAGAGCGGAUCGGAACUUUAUUGUAAGCGACGAGGAUGACGAUGAUGAGAACGGCGAUGAAGGACAGAUUCAUCGUACGAGGAACCGUAGUCACCGCAGUUCGAGAAACUUGUCGAAUGUCGAUACUGACGACGACGAGCAGCUGAGAACAGGUCGAAAUUUUAGGAGCUCGACAAUUAGAGCUCGGAGAAGGCAGUAUGAGGAGGACUCUCCUCCACGUAAAUUGAGGCGUAGAGGUAGGGGCGAAUUUUCAGGAGAUGAUGAGCUAUCCAGGGCAGAGCGACUCACUUUGGCUGAUGAGCUUCGAGAGCUUAGAGAUGAUAGCCCCAUUCGGGAGAAAAGGUCCUUAAGAGAACGGACAAAACCUGUGAACUACACACUUCCCCCGCCUCUGCCAGACAAUACAGUCGACGACUAUACAAGGAUGACUAGUGUCAACAAUCCACUCUCUUAUCCUUCGCCGCGAGGUCGACGAAAACUACCUUCGGGUCAGAGCUUUGGACCCCUCAGGAGACUGUUCCCGACGGGAGGUCCUUUUGGUGGUAACGAUGUAACGGCCAUUUUUGGAACUAAUACUAAUUAUUAUGACACUACUACUAGCCAUGCAAAUGGUAGCAAACUUUUGCUCGACUCAGAUUCAUCUGAGGAUGAGAUUCUGCCUUUAGGCGCUUCGCCAACUCAAAACAAAAAACAGAAUGUUAAGAAAAAAAAGUCCGAAAUAGCAGACCUCGAUCCACUUGGCGUCGAUAUGAAUGUUAAAUUUGAAGACGUUGGUGGGCUGGAUAACUACAUUGACCAGCUGAAAGAAAUGGUUGCUCUGCCAUUAUUGUACCCAGAACUCUAUCAAAAGUUUGGAAUCACGCCCCCACGGGGUGUUUUGUUCCAUGGUCCACCUGGGACCGGUAAAACCUUAAUGGCCAGGGCACUUGCAGCAAGCUGCUCUACAGAACAGCAAAAAAUAACUUUCUUCAUGCGUAAAGGCGCUGACAUUUUAUCCAAGUGGGUUGGUGAAGCAGAAAGACAGCUACGACUUCUAUUUGAAGAAGCUAAGAAGCAUCAGCCUGCAAUCAUUUUUUUUGAUGAAAUUGACGGCUUGGCUCCGGUUAGAAGUUCAAAGCAAGAACAAAUCCAUGCAAGUAUCGUAUCUACCAUGUUAGCUUUAAUGGACGGUAUGGAUAACAGGGGCCAAGUAAUUAUAAUUGGCGCUACGAAUAGACCUGAUGCAGUUGAUCCUGCACUUAGAAGACCGGGCCGAUUUGAUCGAGAGUUCUUUUUUCCAUUACCAGACAUGACAGCUCGCUCCAAAAUCCUUCGCAUCCACACAAAAAAGUGGGAUCCGCCUCUACCACAACAUUUCAUCGAUAAGUUGGCAUCGUUGACCAAAGGUUACGGUGGAGCGGAUCUAAGGGCUCUUUGCACCGAGGCUGCUUUGCUGAGCAUACAGCGAAAAUUGCCUCAAAUUUACCAUUCAGAUACAAAACUAAUAGUAGAUCCUUCGACGGUUAACGUGAGAGCACGCGACUUCAUGGCAGCAAUAGAAAAGAUCAUUCCUUCAUCAGCGAGAGCAAUGGGUAAAUCCGCCCAGCCUUUACCAGAGACCGUGAGUUUUUUAUUAGACGAGCAACUUGACGAUAUCAAGAAAAAACUGAAGGAAGUACUCCCCUCUAACCCAUCGAUGCAAGGCAAAAACAACUCAAUUAUUAAACAUUACAUGGAAUAUGAAGAAGAAGAGUCCGACGAUAACGAAGAUGGGUUUUUGAAAGCCGAAUUUUUGAGGAAUGUUGAAAAAGCAAGAACGUGUAAGCCUCGUCUUGUAGUUACGGGCAUCAGGGGAAAUGGACAGCAGUAUAUCGGUGCUGCGAUUUUGCAUAGUCUCGAAGAUAUCAAUAUCCAGAUGCUUGACAUCGCUAAUUUGGUUAGUGAAAGUACGAGAAGUAUUGAAGCUGCUGUCGUGCAAGUAUUUUCAGAAGCGAGAAGAAGGCAACCAUCGGUCCUAUAUAUCCCAAAUAUCGAUAUUUGGGUUCAAACAGUGCCCGAAAAUGCCAUUUUAACUUUGGCAAGUUUAUUGGGUAGCCUUAGCAGCGAUGAAAAGGUCUUGCUGCUAGCAAUUGCCAGCGACUUAGAAGAACGUGAUUUUAGCGAGGGAAUCUUAUCACCUUUAGACUUCAGCAAGACAGUCUGUAAGAUAAGGAAGCCAAGCGCUCCGCAGAGAAUGAGGUAUUUCAGUACUCUUACAGAACUUAUUAGGAUGAAGCCUACCAGCUUCAAAUCUGAAAGAAAAAGAACCAAACAACUUCCUCCUCUCCCAAAAGCCACAACUGUUACCAGUUCAGAUGACCUUGAUCAUGAAGGCAAGCCAUUGACGAAUGAGGAAAAAUUAAUAAGGUCCUUGAAGGCGCAUCAAGCUCACGAUAUGAAGCUAAAGAACACCUUGAAAAUUAAAUUAUCUGGAUUGAUGGACUUGUUUAAAAAUCGCUACAAAAGAUUUAGGAAGCCACCUAUUGAUGAUGCUGCUCUUGUCCACUUAUUCGAGCCCAAUAUUGGCUUACAGGGAAAUCCUGAUUAUCAGCCUGCCUACGUUAAAGAAGACAACAUGAUCCUUGAAUGUCUUACUGGGAGAAAGUACUAUAACAUGGAUUUGGAUAUCGUAGAAGAAAGGCUGUGGAACGGAUUUUAUUCAGAACCACGCCAAUUUCUGAAGGAUAUCGAGCUAAUUUAUCGAGACGCUCAUGUUAGUUGUGAUCGCGACCGCAUCAUCAAAGCUUCUGAAAUGUUUGUCAAUGCUCAAAUGGGAAUCGAAGAAAUUUCGCAACCUGAAUUCGUGAAGGAAUGCAAAACAGCCCGGCAAAGAGAGCUUACUCGUCAACAAUUGUAUCUUGAAAUGAAAAGUCGAGAUGACGCUAAACGCAGCGCGCUAGAAAAAGAGGAUGCUAGUAGGGAUUCCGGUGGGGUCGAAAAUUGUCCCAAGGACAAUGAAACUGACCGUCAACCGUCGAUAGACGACAUCCACAAAGCAUCUGAUGUACCAUUCGCUCCUGCGGAAUUUGAUACUCACAAAUCGGGUGAUAUUGAGCCCUUGGAAAUGGUCAACGUUGGUUCAGGAAGCCAACUACAAUGUCAAGCCCUUAUUGAUCACAACGGAACGGAUAUUACGGAGAAUGCAAAUAGUCGGGCUAAAACAGCUGAUGAAAUGUCGUCUGAGGAUAAAUAUUCAACGUCUACUGAUAAGGAGUCGAGUUUAAACAUCUUGCCGGCUACUGGCGACCAAGAAAAAUCAAUCGCAAAAACCUCUGUAGCCGCUGAUGCUUCUGAUAGCGCUGAAUCUCCAGGUGACUUAUGUGAGAGAACUGCAAAGGAAAAUAAUAAUCCUACCCCCCCACUUAUUCUCAAUGAUGCCAGGCUUCAAGAAGUUUUGAAAGACCUCGGGGCUGCGACAAAUGAAUGUACUACUGAGCAGCUCCAAGAGCGGUACUCUUCCCUUCUGAAUAUUAUAUGGGAAGAAAGGUUAUCAUGGGAUAAAUCAUUGGCCGUUAGGAGAAUGGAGGAAGAGGUACAUAAUUCAUGA